AUGGCGGCUUGGACGACGAUUCUGGUGGCCUACCUGAUAGGCGGCAUUACCUUCAUACCUAUACUCCUUGCAUCUGUUCUCCUCUUCGGAUACUAUAACUUGCCAUAUAGACGCGUUCUCGGCAUCCCAUACGACCCAGACGAGGGCGACAUUGUGCAUCCCGGCGAUGACACAACAGCGCUCGACGAAGCCAAGAGGCAACGGAAUAAUAGCGAUUCCAAGAGGUCGAAUACCGAUAUCGAUGUCGCUGCAGGAUACUUCGCAGUUUGCCGUGAAUAUGUUCCCAUGGGGAUCAAUGCCAAACCUGUGGAGCGCUCGACUCCUAUCGGCUCAGCCACAGUGACUCCCCCUAGCCCAAGCGUCUAUCAGACAAUGUAUAGGAGUAUUUUCGACCGCAAAGCUGCUGCUAGCCCGAUGGAAAACAGUAGCAGCGUUAGCCAGAGGCCUAAGAAGGCAGGCAAUGUAUUCUACGUGGUGCUUAGACAUGGCCAUCUAAUGCUAUUCGACGAUGAGGAGCAGCUCGAAGUACGACAUGUGAUUUCCCUGGCGCAUCAUAGAAUAGGCAUAUACUCGGGCGGCGACACCACACCGGAGGGGGAGCUGUUCAUCAAACGAAAUGCGAUAUCCUUGACGCGAAAGCUCGAUGAACUGGAACAACACUCGUCGGAUAAUCAGGGAUCCAGGCCAUUCUAUCUGUUUUCGGAGAAUUGUUCAGCCAAAGAAGAUUUCUACUUUGCCAUGCUGAAAAACCAACAGCACACCUUUGGAUUCGAAGACAUUGCGCCACUGCCUAAACAAUUUGAGCUCAAAUCCAUCAUUUCAUUGGUGCAGAAGCUGCAUUCAUCGGAGGAUCAAGUACACUCGCGUUGGAUCAAUGCACUUCUUGGCAGAAUUUUCUUGGGGGUGUAUAAAACCCGAGAUUUGGAAACUUUUAUCAACGACAAGAUCACCAAAAAGAUAUCACGCGUCAAACGACCUUCGUUUCUCACCAAUAUCAAAAUCCAACAGAUAAACACUGGAGAUGCUGCGCCCUACCUUUCCAAUCUGAAACUCAGAGAUCUCAACGUCGAGGGAGAGUGCGUAGUAGAGGCGGACUUGAAGUAUACAGGCAGCUUUCGGAUCGAGGUUGCAGCCACUGCAAGGAUCGAUUUAGGGGCAAGAUUCAAAGUCCGAGAGGUGAACUUGAUUCUUGCCGUGGUUCUUCGGCGACUCGAGGGCCAUGCUUUAUUCAAGAUCAAGCCGCCUCCAAGUAACAGGAUAUGGGUUUCCUUUCAGACAAUGCCAAAGAUGGAGAUGACUAUUGAGCCCAUUGUCAGCUCGAGACAAAUUACCUAUACCGUUAUCACUCGUCAGAUAGAAAAUCGCAUCAAGGAAGUCUUUGCCGAGACCUUGGUUCAGCCAUUUUGGGAUGAUAUACCCUUCUUCAACACGGAACACAAAAAGUGGAGAGGUGGGAUAUUUGAAGGGGACGAUGCCGUCAAAUCUCCUGCACUACCAGCCGAACAUUUGCCUCAGGUCGGCGACGCUGAAAUACCGGACCUCCUUGAUUCUGGUGUGAAUCACUCUGAUGGCAACCAACCCAUCGAAAAGAGCCAAACAAUGCCGGUAAUGGAUUCUCUUGAACCAACACCCAGCCCACUUGAAAGCAAGUUGGAAAAGGUAGAUUCUAUGCUACCAACUUUGGGGUCAUCAACCAGUGUGGAUAUAACCAUUCCAUCUGCGGUUCAUUCUCCAAGGAGCUUUAAAACUUCUACUGAGCCGAUUGUCGGAACUGAAACGACCCAUGCUGAUAUAUUCAAGCCCUCAACAUCCCCACCAGACUACGCUAUGAAUCAUAUUGCGGCUUUGCGAUCUAGGUCUCAGGACGCUUCACCCUUGCCAAUAUCUAGGAAGUUGUCGCAGUCCACCAUCACAUCCAGACGCUCUUCCUCCUCCUCUAAAGACUUUCAUGGCAACUAUGGCACAGACGGCGAUGUUGACCCCAAAGUUUUGCCGCAGCUACCGCAACAGAAUAUGUCUCUAUCUCCUGGAACAGUCGGCGGGUCUGAACCGGAUCUCUCUCGUUCGUCUACAUCUAACUCGGCGAAAUCUCAGACGGGCCCUUUUAGCCGUGGUCUUUUCCAAAAACGUGAUCCUUCUGGUAUGACGACGACUGGUUCUAUCGAAAGCGACAUGGCACAAAAGAGGAAUACUUUGGCGGCAGUCACAAAUGCGGCUGCACAGGCAAGACAGUGGGGAUGGAAUGCUAUCCAGAGGCAAAGAGAAGCCAUGCGAAACAACGAAAAAAGCGCCCCCGUCGAUUUGAGCCAGCCCAUGGGUCGAGGGCAACCACUUCCGCCGCCAGGGACACCACUUCCAAUGCCAACAAAUGGGGGUACUAAAAUAGGACCCGUUCCCACAUCGAAGCGGAGAUCUCCUAGUUUAGUACUAGAGGAACAGGCUGCCCUUGCGGCUGAAGAAGAUCAGACUAGACGGCACCAAUCCGCAGCGUGGAGAAGAAGACAAGAUAGCCAACUGCAAGAGGAAUCUAGUCCAAAUAUCCUCAUCGUUGCUGCACCAGAUGAUUCGCAGCCUAAUAGUCCUGCCAUGGAAGCCGAGACGCAUCAGACCGAACUUUGGAACCGAGACUUUCCAGAUGCACAGCAGCAAAUUAGCAAUGUUGCAAGCAGCAUUAAGUCUGCCGCUACAAAUUCCACAGAUAAAAUGACGAAUAAUUUAGAUACAGAAAUCUCUGCCACCACAGGCCGACCAAUUCCAUCUAGCCCGUCAGCUUUUGCAGAUCUGAACGAUGAUGAAUACUCUGCAUGGAUGGACGACGACUAG